AAACAUUUAACAUCCUGUGAUGUAACUAGUGAUAAGUUAAACCUCAGUUCCAUUUCUCAUUCACUGUCUGAGACAUCAGCAAGCAGCAGGACAGCCCCUUAGUGUGAUGCUGGUGGAGACAUGAAGCGUCUGCAGCUCCUCUUCUUGUGUGGUUACUGCUUCUCAAUGACCGGCAGCAUCAGAGUCGAUGGAUAUUCCUGUGUGAGUGCCUACUGGGACACAGUCACAUGUGUUGUGAACAUCACUGGUGAUCUCGUGGGACGGUCCAACACUAACUACAGACUGGACUUCACUCAUAUUAAUGAUGGCACCACUCCCUGUCCCCUUGUGCUGAUGAAUGACAGCUACAACUGCGUCUGCAAAGUCAAGAGAGACUAUUUCAUAGACAUUGACGAAUAUCGCAUAGACCUUUGUCAUGAAUCCGUCUGCCAUACAUUGGUGGAGGAGUUCAUGCCAUCAUGGAACAUUCAGCUGACGCCCCCACAUGAUAUUGAGGUUGACCCAAGUCCAGAGACUUUCAACGUUACCUGGAGAAGUGGGUACGAAGACCAUAACAAUCUUCACCAUGUGCUCGACUACCAGGUCUUACUUCAAAGGUCCCAAAGCACUGACAACAAAACUCUCCCCAGGUCACAGAAAUGGGUUCUAAUUCCAAGAGCGCCACUCGAACCCGAUGCUACAUACUGCUUUAAAGUCAGAUCUAAACCUAAUAACGAUGAUUAUGAAGGAAUUUGGAGUCAGUGGAGCCAAUCGACAUGCAUGAAAAAUAAAGCAGGAGAAGAACAAGAUAAUAUAUUAGUCACUUUGAUGAAAUGGCUGGUCCCCGUGUGCGUGGCUGCCGGUGUCCUGCUGUUUGCCUUCAACAGCCCUGCUGCAAGAAUGAAGAUAAAAACUCUGUCCUACACUCCAUCGCCAGCUCCUUUUUUCAGACCUCUGUAUCAACAUCAUGAAGGCAAUCUCCAGGAAUGGCUUUCACCUAAAGGCAAAUUUCUUCUCACAUACAAACCUGAGGAGAUCUUGACAUCCAAUGCUGUAACUGUUGUUCCGAAACCUGUUAAAAAGGACCCAGAGGAGAACCAGGACCUCCAUAACCCUUUGGUAAUGCAACUGUUUCUCACCCAGUGCCAAACCUCCUACGUUGGCUUACCCGCGAUACAUGAGGCCUUGCCACCUGCAACUAUGGUCUGUCCAGGGGAAACGUCUUACACUCAGCUGCCCUGUUCUGUCUGGGGAGUCAAUGUCAACAUCAGCUCAGACUCUGGCUGCAGCAUAGAGGACAUGACCAAGAGCGCAGACAGCAGUUUACCAGACAGUCCCGUUGAUGAUGUUCCCCCACCGUGUUUCUGCACUGAUUACUGCAUCCUCAACAAAACUGCAGGUGGUUUUGCUCCUGUUUUAGUUUCCAAAGGAAGCGGUCUAAAUGCUUCAUCAGAUUCCCUGCAAGACGAUGAGAGAUCAAAUAUUACAUAGAGUAAGUGUAAUUCAUCUGCGCUGCCAUCUUGAUAUCUGGUAAGGCAGCAACCUUAAAGAGGACAUAUUAUGCCCCUUUCCCACCUUUCCAAACAGUUCCCUGUGGUCUAAAUGAAACUUCUGUGCUGUACUUUGGUCAAAAUAUAACAUGAAUCAAGCACCAGAAGAGGUUUGUGACCCUGUAUAAACCAGCUCUCUCAGAACGCUCCGUUUUGGUGUGUGUGUCUCUUUAAAUGCAACGGCUCAUUUGUGAGUUUUCCCAGUAGACAUCACGUCUUCGCUAGCGAGAAUAAAAAUGGCGGACUUGCGCAAACGUUUUGCUCUAGGUUUGGGGUGGAGUCCAUGGGUGGAGAUAAUAUAGGGGAGGGGAGGGUAUUUUUUUUUUUUUUACCACUGUGGCAUCACAAGAAGAGCAAAUUUAAAACAGAACAUUUUUCUCUGUGUUGUAAGACUUAUGCAGAACACAAACAAAGGACUGGAUGGGUUUAAUUCACAUUCUGUGGGUCGGUAGACACUCAGGUUACCAAAAUAUAUGUUCAAAAACACUGUACAAGUGGAUUUUUUCAUAUGUCCCCUUUAAGACAUAAUGCUUGCAUUACACAUUAUCUCUAGUGUAUGCUACCUCUUCUAGGUGAUCCAUUUUAUUUAGACAAUGCAGGUUUUGUUCCAUGCCUUGAAUUCUCUACAUCUAUGAAACAUUUGAACAUACCUCACAGUCUCUGUUCUAAUGAGACGAACAUCAACUCAGCAGAACAGAUACAACAUUAGGCGUACACUUAAUGCACUUAUAAGGCUUGACAGCAAAAUGUAUUGACAUUGUAUUGAUAUGCUGGGUUUUCAUCUGAAACUCUAUUGCUUUUUUUAUUGCUUACACUUUUACUUCCAUUUCUCUUCAUCUUUUAAUCUCGUGUUCAAACUGAGAGAAACUAAAUCAAAAAUGAGUGUAUCUUUUUCUUUGGCUGAAGAUAAAUAUUUUCAGGUAUUUGCUGGACUAUUAUCCAGCUUUGUAAAGGUUAGUCGUUGAUAUUUGUGAUGUGGAAUAUGGCAAAGCUCUUACAAUGAAAAUAUAAUGUUUUAAUCUUUAUUGAAUAAAGUAUUACAUUAACAUGA